AUGGGUGCCUUACUAGCUCCGGGAUAUUCAUCAUCUGAUAGUGAUUCUGAUGAUACUCAAAAUAAUAUUGUAAUCAACGAAGACAAAAAGAAAAGAACAGGUUGCUUUACUAAAGCAGAAUUGAAAGCUUUAAAAAAAAAACGCAAAGGGAAUGAUCCAUGGUCUGAAUGGGAAACAAAUAAUGUUUCAGCUGAGCUACAGGAGAACACUAAUAAACAAAGUUCAAAUGAAAUAAAUGAUACAUCAAAAAAUUCUAAAUCAUUAUUUAAUGUAAUAGAUUCUAAUAAUGAAUUUUUUGUACAAGAAAAUGAGACAUCAAACACUUACUAUAAAUAUAAAAAAAACAUUAUUCAACAUUUAAAUGAAAACAGUGCCAUACCUAACAGGUGUUAUAUGCCAAAGAAAAUUAUUCAUAAAUAUGAAGGUCAUGAAGGAGGUACAAAUACCGUUAAGUAUAUACCCAAUACAGGAAACUUUUUCAUAUCAGGUGGAAAUGAUAAAAUUAUUAAACUCUGGGAUUGCAAAAAUAAAGGGAAACUUGUAAAAGAUUAUAGGGGCCAUAGUAUGCCUAUUAAAAGUUUAGAAUUUGAUAACGGCGGUGAAAAAUUUAUUAGUAUAUCAUUUGAAAAUAUUUUAAAAAUAUGGGAUACGGAAACAGGCAAAGUUGAUAAAAGAAUUAAACUACCAGCAUUGCCAACGUGCUGUAAAAUCAAUCCUCAAAACAAUAAUGAAUUUAUAGUUGGCUUAUCUAACUCUACAAUUUUACAUUACGAUAAAAGACAAGACGGUCUAAUUCAAAACUAUGAUAGUCACUUAUCAUCUAUAUUAGACUUGGCAUAUUUUCCUCAAGGAGAUAAAUUUAUAUCAUCUUCCGAAGAUAAAACCAUUAAGAUUUGGAAUAAUGGAAUUAAUAUACCUAUUAAACAAAUAAGUGACACCACACAGUAUGCCAUGCCAUGUGUUAAGGUUCACCCAAAAAAAAAAUAUUUUGUAACACAAAGUAUGGACAAUAUAAUCUACACCUAUCAACUGAAACCCAAAUAUCAAAAACAAAAGAAAACAUUUAAAGGACAUCGAUGUGCAGGGUUUAAUAUUGAAUUUAGUAUAUCGCCAGAUGGCCAAUAUCUAAUUUCGGGUGACUCUAGAGGUAGCGUUUUCAUCUGGGAUUGGAAUAGUACAAAAAUACUUAAAAACAUACGAACAAAUGUUCGAAAACCAAUUACUACAGUUGACUGGUCGCCAAGAGAAACAAGUAAGGUUAUAUUUGCAGGCAACGAGGGACCAAUUUAUUUGUUAGAUUGA